AUGGACUCUCCAGCUCUCUCAAAGGGAUCCAAAGAAAAGGAUCUGGAUCAAAUCGCUCGCAGCUCUAGCAACCCAAAUGAACUUCCCAAAUACGGCGACGUUGAAGAUGCCGUUUUUGGUGAAGUGAGAGAGGGUGGUCCCAACUACCGCAACCUUGGAUGGAUCGCCACCGUCGCCCUCAUGGCGAAAACACAGAUCGGUCUUGGUGUCUUGUCCAUCCCUGAAACAUUCGACAAGCUCGGUAUUGUUCCUGGCAUCCUCUGCCUCAUCGCCGUAUCUGCCUCGACAACGUGGUCAGGCUAUAUGGUCGGGUCUUUCAAGCGUAACCACCCCGACGUCUACAGUUUGGAUGAAGCUGGUUUCAAGAUGUUCGGAGUUGUUGGGCGUGAGGUCUUGUCCGUCGCCUUCAUGCUUUACUGGAUCUUUGUUGCCGGAUCCGCCCAUCUGGGUAUCUCUAUUGGCCUCAAUUCAGUAUCAAGCCACGCUGCCUGCACAGCUGUCUUCGUUGCCGUCGCCGCUGUUCUUGGCUUUCUCUUCUCCAGUAUUCGUACUCUAGGGAAAAUUGGCUGGCUCGCCUGGGUUGGGUUGUUUUGCAUUCUGACCGCAAUCUUCUGCGUUACCAUUGCCGUCGGUGUUCAAGAUCGGCCCGCCGCCGCCCCUGAAGGUCCAUGGAAGUCGAACUACAAAAUCAUCGGCUCGCCCAACUUUGUGGACGGCAUCUCCGCGGUCUCUUCGCACAUCUUUGCCUUUGCUGGCACCCCUGCCUUCUUCUCCAUCGCAGCCGAAAUGCGAGAGCCAAAGCACUACACCCGAUCUCUCCUUACUUGCCAGACGAUUGUGACCGUUACAUACAUUACUAUCGGCACUGUAGUCUAUUUUUACUGCGGCUCGUAUGUCGCCUCGCCUGCUUUGGGAUCUGCGGGUGCUAUCAUGAAGAAGGUCUGCUACGGCUUGGCGCUUCCCGGCCUCAUCGUCACCACCAUGAUCGUCACUCAUGUCCCCGCCAAGUAUCUCUUCCUCAGACUCCUCCGAGGCACACCCCAUCUCAACUCCAACAGCCUUGUCCACUGGGGCACCUGGCUCGCCUGCACCGGUGGCGUGACCCUCAUCGCGUACAUCAUCGCCAGUGCGAUCCCCAUCUUCGGCAACCUGGUAUCUCUGAUCGGCGCUCUCCUCGGCACACUGAUGUGCUUCCAGCCAUACGGGUGCAUGUGGCUCUACGACAACUGGUCCGCCGGGAAGAACAACAGGACCAUCAAGUGGACACUCAUGGUUGUCUGGAGCGUCUUCAUGAUCGUGGUCGGUACCUUCCUCAUGGUUGGCGGAACGUACGGGUCGGUCAUGGCCAUUAUCGAGUCCUACCAGGCCAGUGGAGGAUCGUCAGCCUGGAGCUGCGCUGAUAACUCCAACUCGGCCGGUGCUAAGUGA